AUGGCAAAGGCUGGUGAAAUAAAACUGCCUUGUUUUGUUACAGAACAUAAUAUUGCAUUUAAUGUUGCCUCCCAUCUGACAAAAUUAGUUAAAUCAGUGUGCCCAGACUCGAAAUUUGCUGAAAGUUUGUCUAUGAGCCGAACAAAAGCUCGAGCUAUCGUUGUAAAUGUGACAGGAAAAACAGCUGAAGAAAACUUGAUGCAAAACUUAAAAGAAAAUUAUUUUUCAUUAUUGGUAGAUGAGAGUACCGAUAAGUCGGCAAUUAAGCAUUUAGCUUUAAUAGCUAGGGUAGUCAACACAAAUUACGAAGUAGAAGAUAAGUUUCUGACUUUGAUACCAAUUACCGAAGGUUCAGCUAAAGUUUUGUAUGAUAAAACUAUCGAAUAUUUCAACGAGAAAGGAAUCCCGUACAAAGAAAAUAUGUUAGGAUUUGCGUCCGAUGGCGCCAAUGAAUGUUUGGAUCAAAUAACUCGAUAG